GCAGUGAUAGCCAAGGGCCGCUUGGGAAAUUGAGAGACCCAAACUCAGAGAUAUGAAAGUAGGCCUGCGAAGACGUCGGAGAAAUAUAUAGUUUCCGGUUAAGAAUACCAGUUUGGUAAUAUCAAGUCAUAUAACAUCAUAUUAGUUGAAAGAUGACAGGAAACAAAAAAAGCAGAAGGAAUCUGACAGCACAGAACAAAAUAAAUUCAAGAAAAGUCCAAAGACUUCAGCUUGUGAAAAUAACCCUAAAGACUGUUAUCCUCCAGACGGAUUUCUGAUUGAUCAGAAGUUUGGUAUCCAAUUGGUAGUCUUACUAAUAUCAGUUCCGAUAGUAAAUAUUUUAAUGAAAAGCGAUAACGUGGAAAAAUAUAUUGAAACUGUUGAAAGGAAAGUUGAUUCUACACAAGAGAAAUUCAUCGAAUUAGAUAAAAAGUUUACAGUGGCAGAAAACAAAUUGCCAAAGCUGGAAAAACUGCUCCACGAAGAUCAUUUCACAAGACUGUUAGAUAAGGAAUGGGAGAAGAGGAAAGUAUUAUUGACAAACGAAUUAGAAAAGAAAUACGCUAUUUUAAAUGAUACUGUGGAUAAUACACUUAAAACAGUGAAUGAAAGGGUACAUCGUUUCUCCAACGAAACUAAAAUAUUAAGGAAGGAGACAGAAAGAUUGGAUGUAAGUUCUUCAAAACUUAACAGAAAGAUGAAAUCUAAUGAAAAGAAAAUUAUUGAAAUCAAGAGACAAUUAUAUUCUAACUCCAAAAAAGUUAAUGACCAAAUAAAACACUUGGAGAAUAAUAACCAAGAACUUAAACUGAUGUCCAAGAGGGUUAAAAGUACAGAAGAGAGACUAGAUGGAGUAGAUGGGGUGUUAAAUGUUACCAACGAGAGACUAGAUGGAGUAGAUGGUAUGUUAAAUGUUACCAACGAGAGACUAGAUGGAGUAGAUGGUAUGUUAAAUGCUACCAACGAGAGACUAGAUGGAGUAGAUGGUAUGUUAAAUGUUACCAACGAGAGACUAGAUGGAGUAGAUGGUAUGUUAAAUGUUACCAACGAGAGACUAGAUGGAGUAGAUGGGGUGUUAAAUGUUACCAACGAGAGACUAGAUGGAGUAGAUGGGGUGUUAAAUGUUACCAACGAGAGACUAGAUGGAGUAGAUGGGGUGUUAAAUGUUACCAACGAGAGACUAGAUGGAGUAGAUGGGGUGUUAAAUGUUACCAACGAGAGACUUGAUGGAGUAGAUGGUAUGUUAAAUGCUAACAACGAGAGACUAGAUGGAGUACAUGGUAUGUUAAAUUUUACCAACGAGAGACUAGAUGGAGUAGAUGGGGUGUUAAAUGUUACCAACGAGAGACUAGAUGGAGUAGACAGGCUGUUCAAUGUUAUUAACGCUGAUCUUUACGACAUUAGUUUAUACAUUGUUGUGUUGCUAUUUGCGGUGGGAUUUGCUGUUUUCCUUGCUGCCUAUGAAAAAUUGGUAUCCAAGCAGCAUCGGACUGUUGAUAGUACAGCGCCUGCAGAAGUGAUGAAUGGCUACACGUUGGAGUCUGGACCAAACAAAAGAUUAAAGAAAAAAGAUCAGUCGAUUAUACAGUGUUCCAGUGAUCUUAUUGAGAAACUAUCACGAAAAAACAAGGAAAAAGGAGUUGGUAUUAUCAGUUUUAAUUCGUCAACUCAAGAAAAUCACCAGAGGUCUUUUGAAGCAAUUGAUAUAUCCUCAUCUUUGCCAGUUCAAGCCUAUGUAAUUUUGAAAUUAGAUGACCUAAUGCUCGUGCAACCUUACACAAAAAUUGUUAUUUUUGUUGACUAUAAUGAAAGAAACAUUAUUCUGGAAUCCCCCGAGACUGAAAUUGGAGAUAUCAGGAGACGAACCACCGAAGUUUUACUCGAAAUAGGGUGUGAUGUCUUCUUGGUCUACUACAGAGAUAAAAAUUCUAAAUCUUUGCCAAGAGAAAACCUUUACAACACCAGUCUAUAUUCCAUUGAAAAGCAGACAGUACUCUCCAGAUUAAGAAGCAGAGGCAGAGUGUUCACUGUUUAUGAUACUUUUCAUCCUCAGCAAGUUCAAAUGUUGAAAAACUGCCUAAAAUGACAAUAAUCUUCAUAUUUAUAUUGUAAUUUUUUUUAAAAUUCAAAAUAGAGUAAAAAUCAAAAUUUUUCUUGAUUUACAUUCACAUAUCUUUUAUCUUUCAUUUCAAGGGCCAGCGAUUUUUUGUUGUAAUGUUUUCAAAAUUUGUGAUUUUUUAAAUGAAUUUAACAGAUUAAAACAAAGUAAUUAUUGUGCAAAUUUUUGAUGUUAUUUUCCAUGAUAAAGCAACACUUAGGAAAUGAUAUUUUUGGCUUAACUUUAGAUCACUAAUUGUAUUUCAUCUGUGGAUGUUGAUUUAACAACAAUAAUACGGAUGUCUGCGGAUGUUGUAUGUAAAGACACUUUGUUUCCAUCUUUGAUAGCUGUAUACAUUUGUAAUUAUCUUCUUAUCUACUAAUGACCUCUCAAUAGACUAAUAACAGCGGAAAAUGUUAUAUGAUAUAAUUUACCGACAGGCAUUAAAUAUGAUU